AGUGUGUGAGUGAGGAAGGGAGGGAGUUAGAGCGCGCGGGGCUCUGCAAGCUCCUCUCGCGCUCUGCCAAACAGCUGCAGAAGCGCGCGAGACGGGACGCUCUGUUUUCUGUCAUUUUAAGUCGCUUUAAAGCUGCGCGUCUCUUUGGUCUUUUUUGCAAGCGCGCGCUUUGCGUUGUUUCUGCUACUUAAAGUCGGUUUGCGCUGCGGUGCAGGUGUUGCUCUCCCUGCUGGAGCUCUUCAGCUGCUGGACUGAAGAUGUCCAGGUAGAUGCAAAAGCCACUUUUCAGCGGACUUUGAGCGUCAAUAAUCGUGCUGUGGACACUGCGCGCUUGUCUGCGGUCACUUUUGGAUGUGUAUUUGAAACGGACUCGCUGUUGCACCCAGCUCUGACCGCAGUGUGGUGAUGAAUGUGUUGCAGUGGACGCUGAUGGGGUGAGUGAGCGAGCGGAGGACGGUGCUCUGCUUCAGCCUGCUCUCGAUCUUCACUACGAUGUGGAUUCCAUCCAACCUUCCUCCGAGCUAAGCCAUAUCCCUGCCUGGCUACGCGUGCCGUUUGGCACCUUCCAUCAGGAUUAGUCACCAGCAGCAGCACACAUGCAGUGAACACCACAGAUCAGUCCCGAUGCCAAGCUACUUCUUCCCCAUCUAGGACGCUUUACUUGGCAGAACGUGGGAAAUAACAAUAAUCUUCACCUUGAAAAAGCACUGCAACUCUUUCAGCUUUUAAUCUGAGCAACUAUUGAGGGAUUGCUUGGCAAUAUCAUGUAAAAAGGCAAGUGCAAUAGAUAACAUUAAUACCUGAUAGAACUAUGCAUAGAGAUGAUCAAACCACAGUCAAAGGUUCUUCUGUAGACCUAUACAGGAAACUAACAUUGGACUAGACCUGAGAAACACUCAGUCACUGUGGACUUCUUAACUGUCGCAGGAAUUUCAACCAUGUGUGGUUUCUCUUGUUUGCUUGAUGCUGCAGGUUAAACAAACUGGAUAUAUGACCUGAACCUCAUGUUCAUUUGAGAACCUUGUUUUACAGUGGAAUAUCUAACUGCCUGAUCAUCAACCAAACAGGGGAUCAGUUGAGGGUAAUCUGGCUUAGCUAUGAACACCUGUAGAAAGUUGUAAUGGAUCAAUAUAACAGCACUAGCGAGCUUUUCUUACCGAACAUCACCGGCAACCCAGAGGGAUCAGAGGCUUUGGAUAAAGGAACACUCCUAGGCCUCCAGAUCUCCCUCUCGGCCCUUCUGGCCAUAGUAACCCUGGCCACCAUGCUGUCCAAUGCCUUUGUCAUCGCCACCAUCUUCUUGACACGCAAGCUCCACACACCUGCCAACUUCCUCAUCGGCUCCUUGGCCUUGACAGACCUGCUGGUGUCCAUUCUGGUCAUGCCCAUUAGCAUCGUCUACACGGUGAGCAAGACGUGGACAUUGGGCCAGAUCAUGUGCGACAUCUGGUUGUCAUCAGACAUCACCUUCUGCACGGCAUCCAUCCUGCACCUGUGCGUGAUUGCGCUGGACCGCUACUGGGCCAUCACGGAUGCGCUAGAGUACUCCAAGAGGCGGACCACACGGCGGGCAGCGCUGAUGAUCGGAGUGGUGUGGGUCAUCUCCAUCUCCAUCUCUAUGCCGCCACUCUUCUGGAGGCAGGCCAAAGCCCACGAGGAGCUGACCGAGUGCCUAGUCAACACAGACCAGAUCUCCUACACACUGUAUUCAACCUUUGGGGCCUUCUAUGUGCCCACAGUUCUCCUUGUUAUCCUCUAUGGCCGCAUUUAUGUGGCUGCCCGAUCUAGGAUCUUCAAGACACCGGCAUCUUGUGGGAAACGCUUCACAACGGCACAGUUGAUCCAGACAUCGGCAGGCUCAUCCCUCUGUUCCCUCAACUCCUCGUCCAACCAGGAGGGGCAUCUUCACCCUGGGGGAUCAGGAGGUGGAGGAGGGUCUCCACUGUUCAUGAACAGUGUGAAGGUGAAGCUAGCGGACAGCGUCCUGGAGCGGAAACGGUUGUGCGCUGCGAGAGAGAAGAAAGCAACAAAGACCCUUGGAAUCAUCCUGGGGGCCUUUAUUGUCUGCUGGCUGCCCUUCUUCGUGGUUACCCUGGUCAUGGCUAUCUGCAAAGACUGCUGGUUCCACCCAGUCCUAUUCGACUUCUUCACCUGGCUCGGCUAUCUCAACUCACUCAUCAACCCUGUUAUCUACACUGCCUUCAACGACGAGUUCAAGCAGGCCUUCCACAAACUCAUCAAGUUCAAGAGAUGCUAUUGAAGGAACCUUCCAAAGGACAGUUGUGACCUUCUGGUCUGUUGCUAUCAGCACUGGUAUAGAGCUUCAUCCAAGGAACGCUGGGAUAUAAGACUACCUAUCUUGAACAUCUACUGUGGCGUUUGCUUUGGUGUCUUCAAGUACAAAACCCAUGGUCAUAAUGUUUGGUCGCAAUACAUUUUUGUACAAUUGAAUCCCCAUAAAACAACUUGUGAAAAGAUAAAAGUCCUUGUGCCAAACUGUAGAUGUUACCCAGUAGAUUUAUGUAUGCAUGCAUAGUUAAGGGGGCUUCCCUUAGAAAACAUUUGUACUGUGUCUACAAGCAAUUACUAAGAGCCUUACCAACCAAAAAAGACUACAUCGUAAAGAGAGAAGGAAUGGGACUGUUGGAAGGCAGUGAACUGGAAUGGUCUGGGAAAAAGCACUGCUUUCACAAGAGUUGUUCUAUACCCUGUACAUGGUAUUACAAAGAUAAGAUGUGUAUAUAUAAAGAUUUCAUUUUUCACA